AUGCAAUUGAAAAUAACACUGAUGAUAAGAUCAUUCGAACCUAUAUGUAAAUUAGAACAUAAGUGGNCUGUGUUAAUAAAAGCAAAAAAGAAUUACGUGGCCAGUUAGUUAAGAAGUCCAUAUCUAUUAUUUUACGAUGAUCAAUUAUUCUUUGUAUCAAGUGAAGAUACUGAAUAAGAUUUUAUCAAAAAUCCUACUCAUUAUUGCAAUAACUCAAUUGAAAAAUAUAAGAUACCAAGAUAACUAACUGUUGGAGAUAAAUUCGAUCCAUAUCCAGAAUAUAAGGGUAUUAUAUUAUGAUUAAUGCAUUAAGGUCAUUGCCCAGUUGAAUUGAUUAAUAACAAUUUAGUUAAGGGUCAAAGUAACUUGGUGAUUGUCCACAAGAAUUAACAAUUGAUAUUUGCUAAUGCACAUAAUAUGCAAUUAUUUGAAAUGAAUCCUUAGAGAUACAAGCAUGCCAGAUUACCUGAUAAAAUGUAAUUGGGAGAAUUAUAAUCUGUCAAGGUAUAAUAAAUAUAGAUAAAUAUGUUAGAAUAUUGCAAAGAAGGUUGCGAAAAGAGGAGAUUGCACAUCAUAUCUAGAAUUACAUCUAAAGAAUAUCAUCAUUAGAGUUUUGGCUCAAUUAGGAUAUUAAAAACCCAAAUAUCCAACUUUAUCUUGCAAAGAAACAGUUUUGAAGUUUAUUGCUAUUUCUUUGAAAGCUAAUAAUAAGAAUAAAGAUGCCUUUUAUAGGAACAAAUAUUAAGAGAAACUAGAAAAAUUCAUAAAAAAUUGCACUUUAGCUUAAGAGAUAUAAGAGAUGUAUAAGAAAUCUUAAGAAAGUGAAAUAGAUGAAGAGACUUUAUUAUAGAAAGUAGAACAGUUCGAUGAAUUCAUGGCUGAAUUAUAGGGAUAGGAGAAAUAGAAGUAUUUUUAAUAGUUCAUCAGAUGA